ACUGCCGGAGCAGAAUCGGGGCUGUUCAGUUGCCCGCGAUUCGGCGUGUGGUGCAAACCAAAAUCGGGAUAAUAUAAACCCGUCUUCCCGUGCGACGACCUCUCUCCUUCCCUCUCCAACCCUCACGCAUGGAAUUGACCCCGUGACCGAAUCGCGCGAUCGUCGUCUUUUAAAGGGAGACCCUCAAAGGGAUGGAGCGCUCCAAGUUCUGAUCUGCCGCCAAACGAGUUAAAUCCAUCGCCUUUCGCACAUAAAUCAAAGGGUGACUCAUAAAAGAAAAACCUAUUGCAAACCGUCUCCAGCAACAGCGUAAAUUUAACUUAACAUUUAUUACCCAGAAUAAGACGAAGAUGAUGGGAGACCUGACAAUAAAAUCGAAAGAGAAAUAAUAAAUGAACUUGAGAUGAAAACGAGAAAUAAGAAUGAGGAGCAUGCAUAUAAAAAGCAAAAAUAAGAAUGAUGAAGAAAUAUAUCAUCAUAAUGCUGCAAUAAUAUAUAAAGCAUUUUGAUGAAUGUAAACCAAAUCAAAAGGAGAUGAAACUUACAACUCAACAAACAAUGGGACACCUUGGAGUUUUCAUUCUUCAUCAUCAAACAGGAUUGUUCAAUUUAAAUCAUCUACUGAUUUAACAACAAAAAUCGAAAGACAAGAACCUCAUCAAUAGACAAUUCAAUCUUCAAUUAUAUUUAUCUAGAGACAAAAAGAGAAAAAAAAGAAAGGGAAAAUGACAAAGUUCCGGUACUUUGCAUUUUUGUGUCCAAAGAAGAGAAUUCAGAAUUGAGGAGAAUUUGGUCGCGAGUUCUCAGGGAAGGAGAGAUGUCACUUCAUCACAAGUAUUAUGUAACAACAGUAUCAGACGAGGGUGAGGACAGUUUUAGAGUGCCCAAGGCGUCUGUGGUAUACAUGGCGUCGACUGCUACCAGACCACAGGCCAUGUCACAAGUUCUGGCAUCAUUAGCUCUUUCUAUGGGAACUCUAUCAUCUGGUUUAUCAAAAGGAUAUACAUCACCAGCUUUAGACUCAAUCCUUGAUACUCAACAACCUAAUUUGUAUCAAACAACACGGAAUGAUACCUGGUCGGAAUUCCGAGUGUCUCCACAAGAAGCGUCAUGGAUCGCAUCACUAUCGUUAUUGGGAGCUUGGUUCGGAGCUAUGAUUGGAGACUGGAUAAUGAGAAAGGGACGUAGACUGGCUCUUAGAAUGACAUCUCUACCUUUGGUAGCAUGUUGGGUUUUAACAGGAGUUGCACCUUGUGUCGAGUUAAUUUACACCGCAAGUUUCGUCGGAGGACUCUGUUGUUCAGUGAUAACAAUGGUUGCACAGGUCUACAUCUCAGAGAUUUCUCUACCAGGAAUUCGAGGUUGUUUAUCAGCCAUACUGAAAGUUCUCGGUCACGUGGGAGUUUUGCUAUCAUACAUCGCGGGUUCUUACUUGAAUUGGAGGCAGAGUGCAUUGUUAGUGGCUAUUGCACCCUUAAUGCUCUUUCUCGGUACUCUCUUCAUACCGGAAACGCCCUCCUAUCUCGUUUUGAACGGCAAGGAUGAGGAAGCUGCAAGCAGCUUACAAUGGCUUCGAGGACCGCAUGUAGAUAUCGGCCAGGAAUUACAGGUUAUCAAAACCAAUAUUCUAGCAUCGAGGGCAAAACAAUAUGAUCUAUCAUUCAAAAACAGUGUGCUCACACCAAGACUGUACAAACCGAUAGGAAUCACGUGUGGUCUUAUGUUCUUCCAAAGAUUCUCGGGUGCUAAUGCUUUCAACUACUACGCGGUCAUAAUAUUCCGUCAAACCCUGGGUGGUAUGAAUCCGCACGGAGCAACAAUCGCCAUUGGAUUUGUGCAACUUCUAGCAUCACUCUUGUCCGGAUUUCUGAUUGACAUUGUCGGUCGAUUACCACUACUAAUAGCGAGUACUGUCUUCAUGUCUUUGGCUCUUGCGGGUUUUGGUAGUUAUGCUUACUACAAUUCAAUAUCACAAAACCAAAAUCAGGUCUAUACUGAUCCAAGCAUGAUUGGACAACACGAUUGGAUACCGUUGUUGUGCGUACUCGUGUUCACAACGGCUCUUGCACUGGGCAUAUCGCCAAUUUCGUGGCUAUUGAUUGGUGAGCUGUUCCCACUGGAGUACCGAGGACUCGGUUCAAGCAUCAGUACAAGCUUUAGUUACUUUUGCGCCUUUCUUGGCAUCAAGCUCUUCAUGGACUUUCAGCAGGUUCUAGGACUGCACGGUGCAUUUUGGUUCUACGCUGCCAUGGCGAUAUGUGGAUUAUGUUUUGUCGUGUGCUGUGUACCAGAGACAAAGGGUAAACAAUUGGACGAAAUGAAUCCAAAUUACGCCCAGGCUCGGUAGUAUAAGGCCUCCCUCACUGGAGGGUUAUCAAAUUUAGAGAAAGCUAACAAGCCACUGCCCAGCGGAGCAUAUCCAAAUCAACACGAUCUACAUGUUCUUUACAGCACAAGAAAUCAACCAAUUGUCAUCAAUCAACGCACCACAUUCGAUUGUUCCGCAAUAUUUCCCAGGAGGAAUCAUCGUAAAUUCUCCGAUUACUGUGAUAUUUUUAUCGAGAAAACGGGUCGUCUCUCAAAGAAUGUCGGCCAUUUUAUGCAAUCACGGGGUUUGCUAUUAAAUCGACGCUCGGAAAUGCAAUUGUGCGACACAAGUCCCGAGAGAAUAAAUCGACAAAUAUCCUAUUAUCAAGAAAGAACGACGAUGGAUCGCGAUUCAUUGAUGGAAUAUCAUCAUCAGGGAC